CUUCUGUUGUUUCUGUCCCCAGAUGUUCCACAGCAGUGUGUCUGGAUGGAGGUUGAAUGUCAGCUCAGAAUCCAGGAGAAGAACUCCAGUCUGGACCAAGAAGAACCAGAACCUUCACAGAUCAAAGAGGAACAGGAAGAACCAUGUGAUCAUCAGGAGGGAGAGCAGCUUGUUCAGAAUCAGGAGACUGAGAUGAAGGUGGAGUUUGAGUCUGAAUUUGAAGAAACAUCCAAAGUCUGUGAAGAUCCCACGUUUGAGAUGAAGGAGGAGACUGAUCAUGAGUCCAGCCUGCAGAACAUCAUCUGGAUUCCUGUCAUUAGGUUACAUAGGAUAGAUGUUCCACAGCUGCACGUCUGUAAAGAGGAGGAGAGGAUCUCCAACCUGAAACAGGAGGAAUCCGAGCCUCCACAGAUCAAGGAGGAGCAGAAGGAGCUCUACAUCAGUGAGGAAGGAGAACAGCUGGAACUGAAGCAGGAGAACCAGGAUUUUAUGAUCACUGACACCAAAGCAGAACCAAGUGAGACCAAAGUUCUGGAAGUAAACAGUCCCAUCAGAACCAGCAGUCACACUGAGAAUGUAGACCACUCUCCCACAUUAGAAAAUCCCAGUCUUACAGACACGGAGGAAAUCUUGAUCAAAUGUUGUGUUUGUGGGAAAACCUCCAGUGGUUUAUACGGGAAUCAGUCCCAAAUGAAGCAUCAGGAUGUAUUUGUGUCUGGUGUGACUCUAGGUCUUUGUGAACGCUGCAGAACCAGAUUAGAUCAAAAGGAUUCUGGGACUGUCCAGGUGGAAACUAUUUCAGAUAAGUUACAUUCCUGUGACACCUGUGGAAAGGUUUUUAAAAGAUUUAGUAAUUUGAAAAAUCACAUGAAAGAACAUCAAUGUGAUGAAGGAAAAAAACACAUGAAGAUUCAUAAAGCAGAGAAGAAACUUUCAUGUAAUAUAUGUGAAAAAACCUUUAGCCAGUAUUCUACUUUUGGAGCACACAUGAAAAGUCACUCAGUUGAGCGUCCUUUCACUUGUGAUUUAUGUGGGAAAGGUUUCAAAGAAAAUUCUGGUUUAAAACGUCACAUGAAGAUUCAUACAAGUGAGAAGCCACACACUUGUGAUAUUUGUGGAAAUUGUUUCAGAGAAAAGAAUAAAUUAGAUCAUCACAUGAGGAUUCAUACAGGUGAGAAGCCUUUCACAUGUGAACCAUGUGGAAAAUGUUUUUCAUUAAAGAGAAAUUUAAAUUAUCACAUGAGAACGCACUCAGCUGAGAAGCCUUUUAAGUGUGAAACAUGUGGGAAAUGUUUCGCACGGACUUCUUAUUUAAGUGCUCAUAGGAAAAUUCACACCGGUGAGAAGCCGUUUACCUGUGAAAUAUGUGGAAAAGCUUUUAGAUAUCAGUAUAAUGUAAUUAGGCACAUGAAGACUCACUCAAGUGUAAACAAUUUUACUUGCUUCACAUGUGGAAAAGUUUUACAAAGCAUCAGUAGUUUGAAAAAUCACAUGAAAACAAGCCCAUGUAAAAACAGCUUUGACAAAAAACAAAUGGAGUUUUAUAAAGCAGAGAGGAAACAUUCUUGUACAAUAUGUGAAAAAAAAUUCAGCCACAAUUGUCUUUUAAGGGAACACAUGACAAGUCAUUCAGAGGAGCGGCCUUUCACGUGUGAUUUUUGUGGGAAAAGUUUUAAACGACGUCCACUUCUAAAACGACACCUGAUUAUUCACACAGGUCAAAAGCUGUUUACUUGUGAUAUUUGUGGGAAAGAUUUCAGACGAAGCGGUGGAUUAAAUGCUCACAAAACAGUUCACUUAAGUGAGAAGCCUUUCAAAUGUGAUACGUGCGGAAAAGGUUUUGCAUUUCAGCAUCUUUUAGUUUGUCAUAUGAGAACUCACACAGGUGAGAAGCCUUU